UCUUAGCUGUUGUUUACUCACCAGCAACCAUGUCGGAGACAGCGCCAGUCGCUCAGCCUUCUCCUGCAGCUCCCGAGAAACCUGCCGCUGCCAAGAAGACUAAGAAGCCAGCGAAAGCUGCCGCUCCUCGGAAGAAGCCCGCGGGACCUUCGGUGUCUGAGCUCAUCGUGCAGGCGGUGUCUUCCUCCAAGGAGCGCAGCGGCGUGUCCCUGGCGGCGCUCAAGAAGGCUCUGGCUGCCGCGGGAUACGAUGUGGAGAAGAACAACGGCCGCAUCAAGCUGGGGCUGAAAAGCCUGGUCAAUAAGGGCACCCUGGUGCAGACCAAAGGCACCGGUGCUGCUGGUUCCUUUAAGCUGAACAAGAAGGCUGAGUCCAAGGCCAGCACCACCAAGGUGUCCGUGAAGGCGAAAGCACCCGGCGCCGCAAAGAAACCCAAGAAGACUGCUGGGGCUGCAGCUAAGAAGACUGCCAAGACUCCCAAGAAACCCAAGAAGCCUGCAGUUUCCAAGAAGACUUCCAAGAGCCCAAAGAAGCCGAAAGUGGUGAAGGCCAAGAAGGUAGCCAAGAGCCCUGCCAAGGCGAAGGCAGUGAAGCCUAAGGCUGCUAAGGCAAAGGUGACAAAGCCGAAGACCCCAGCUAAGCCCAAGAAGGCGGCGCCCAAGAAAAAGUAAAUUGGAGGCCUCUUCAAUAACCAACCCAACGGCUCUUUUCAGAGCCACCUACACAGCUCAAAGAGCCUGACACUCAUGCGAUUGGUACAAAUUUAAUGGCGUUAGGACGCCUCGGCAGUUUAAAACAUCCCCUUUACCCAGUAAACUGACAAAAUUUGGACCCGCCUAGCUUUUCCCCGAGGUCGUAAAAAUAUCCUUUACCUGGGUGAAUUUCGAAUCGAUAACCCAGGGAGACACUACUCUCUCCAGGUGUGGUGUGUAAUGAACGGCCUGGGUUCCUCUCCCAGGUAUGUUGCCAAUAUGAGGAAGAGAGCUCAGGUUCUUAAGCAGUGCUCCCUAUGGGCUUUAGCACUCGGCUUAGGGUGUGGUCAAGACAAGGUUCAAAUGCAAUAGGUUUUUUAAUUCAAGCCCACCAAGACUUGUCUUAACAGGAAUGCUGGGUGCUUGGAGGUUUGGUCUUGUGAAGUGCGUGGUGCUUCACUGUAAACAAUGUUCACUGGCAGCUCUUGAAGCUUUUGUAGAUUUUGCUAGGUAGCCACUUUUGUCCCUGAACUAAUCCUUCCAAGUGCUAGGGUUAGCGGCCCCUCUACUCUCCACACACUGAU